CAUCCUUACCUGGCUCCUCCACCCAUGACCUGCUGGUGGCAGCAAAACGCCGCUGAUCGUCAAUGCUACGGCAAAUACAACAGACGAAGAAUGGGCACUAGCGGAUGUGGAACCAAUGCAAGGUAAUGGGUGUGCCUGAAUCUUGCUGACCUUCAGCAGCAAUUAGCCCCACCCAGCCUUCUGCCACCAUGCAAGGAUUCUACUCCAAACUUGACUCCUCCCCCUCUUCCCCGUUAUUGGGGGCGGGCCUUGGGGGGGACCGCGCUUCUGUACCUCUCAGUCUGGCUGUGGAAACAGAGAAGGCUCAGGCCCUCCUACAGACAUUCAGCUCCGCCUCCCUGCUGGCAUCUGCAGGACUCGGUAUGUUUUGUGUAGUGGCGGAUCACUCCCUCCAGCUGUCAGUCAUCCAGAACCACCUGUGGCUGCGUGCUGCCUUGGACAACGCUACACAUGGAUUAGUAGGGCUGUGGUCAUGGGCAGUUGUUAUUGGACUGAGGAAAAAGAGUGAUGUGUAUGAGGUGCUGCUGGCUGGUCUUCUGGCAUCAGUCAUAGACCUGGACCACUUCUAUAUGGCUGGAUCGCUGUCACUGAAGGCUGCUGUGUCUCUCCCUCAGCGUCCUCCUCUGCACUGUUCCUCGCUCAUCCCCGUGCUCUGUCUCUCCCUCCGCUUCCUCAUGUGGAUUGGACGCCUAAAAGAUGCUUGGUGCUCCUUGCCGUGGAUGCUUUUCAUUUCCAUGGCAACGCACCACGUCCGGGAUGCUGUACGCCACGGCCUGUGGAUGUGCCCGUUCGGUAACACAGCACCAAUCCCCUACUGGCUGUAUGUGAGCACCACGGCGACACUUCCUCACCUGUGUUCAGUGCUCAUGUAUCUCACAGGAACUAGGGAUGUGAUCUCCACCAAACACGGGGUAGCCAUCGACGUCUAGAAGCCACUGACUUACCGUCGACAUCUAACGCUGAGGUUGGUGCCUGUCUGAGGAAAGUACAUGGUGGCUACUGUCCUACUUUAGCUGCCAGUGUAAUUUUCAGUAAAACACCAUCUGCUACUGCUUAUGUUUACAAUGUGAGCUUUAUUAAGUUGACAUGUUGAAUUUUGCACACUGAGUUUGAAGUAUGUCUUCUUUUUUAUGAUGUUUUAUGGCAGAGCUUGGUUUUUAGUAGUAAUAAAGUAUAGAUAGUAACAAGGCUUAAUGUGCAUGUAGUAUUUUUAUCUGAAG